GUACACGAUACAGCUGCUGAACUGCUGGGCGUCGCUUACUGCUUACACCACGCUUGCCUGGAUCAAUAAACUCGGCCGUCCCCGUGGACGCACUUCGAAUGGCUCAGGGAAAGCCAGCACACUAUUGGCGACAACUCAGGGCUGCUCUGACUGCUGGGCAAUGGGAUGCUCAAUUUCCCGCGAAGGAUGUGCACGGCAGGGUGGUCUCAUGGUCCGACCUCCUCCGCAAGUUUAAUAAACAUUGUCCGGGCCACCAGGACGUCGCAGAGCUAGCGUCCCAGACUCACGCGCUAUCACUACUGCUUUCAGCCAACUCUUCGGACCUCGAUGGCUGUGACGUCGGCGCGCCAGGCGUGCUCGGACUAGGAGAUGAGUGCACGCUCGCCGAGGAGCGGAUAGAGGAGGGGCUCGCGGGGUAUACUACACUCAAGCAGAUGGGCGAGAAUGGUUCCGAUUCGGUCAAAGCCGCCUUGGCGUACUACGCGUAUGCGCUUCGCCGCUCGUCCGAGUGUCUGGAACAUCUUGCGCAAGUGAAAGAUCUGUCUGAGGCUCAAGGUCCCGUCUUUCCCUCCGCAACGACCCGCUCGGCCCCUGCGACGCUACAAGUCCCGGGGACCAGCUCUGACACUUCUCUCUCUUCGUCCUGGACAGGCAGCUUCGUCUCCGGGCAGUCGUCUGCCUCCGUCGCGGACAUCAAUGAAGGUCGAACGUGGUCAACUGUGGAGCAAAUCAGAUGCGUCUGUCUGAAAGGCAUGUGCUACGAAAGCCUGAAUGCGAGCGACACGCAAAGAGCUUUCACGACAUAUCUCUCCGCCUCCGCCCUCAUUGCCAACGUCGUCGCCGAGAUUCCCUCCAACGUGCUUUCCACUGCGGCGUCGGCCGAUAGCAGCUCCUUCACGCGUUAUCGCGAACUUUGGAGGUGGAUCGAGCGCGUACUGCGGCGGGGCAUAAUAUUGGGGGCGCGCAUCUGCGAUGCCUCGCGUACGGACGGCCAGAAUGGCGCGCUGUGGACGCUCUUUCAACAGUACCAUGCAUGCAGCGCUCAUUGGGCUCCCCUAUUCCGCCCGGAGCAACGGUCAGCUGUCGCCGUCCUACAUCUACGCGCACUCAUCUUCCAAGCACGCGCCUUGCCCUUGCCGAAACCGAGCUUGGACAGGCCCCACCGGUGGAUCAGCACAGUAAGGUCAGUCGUGCAGGAGUAUCGGGCAAUCCUGAGCGUGAGCACGUCGUUCCCGAAGGCCGGAGAACGGAAUACCAAGGUUGAAGACCUUGUUGACCUUUCCGUGGCCGUGUGGGAGGCAGACGGCGCGGUCGGCGAAUAUGCUGGGUGGGUCAUCGACGUGUUAUGGUGGGCUACGCGCCUCACGUUCAACUCGUUCAAAGUCUUCCGACACAUGAGUCGCCUAUUCUAUGUGAGCGGAGAUCCGGAGCUCGCGAAGCGCACCCUCCGUUUGUACGUGCAGAUCGUCAGCAAGGCGCGGGAAGCGAGUAUGGCGGAAAAGAUGACAGCUACAGCCGAGUCCGAUGGCGCGUUCGGCGCGGGCUCAGACAUCGACACCGACGAGCAAUGGGUGCAUACUCUGGUUCAGGGCUCGAGGAUGCUGUCGCGACUAGCACUGGCCGAAACAGACCCGGGCAAGGCGGUGGAGAACGCGAAAGAAGCGGGGGACAUGCUGGAGAACGCGCGCCUGCGGUUGAAAAGUGACGACAAAGCUCUCGUAGCUAGUGUGGAUCUGGCGGCAGCGAUCUGGCACAUCGUCAUGGCAUAUACGGAGCAGGACGUCCUCACCCGUAACAAGCGCUUCGAAGAAUCGCUCACCCUCCUACAUGCGUCCUUGGAGACACUACCCACUGCAUCUACCCAUCACCAUCUAGCGCUGGCGUACCUUCGGCCCGGGGCAUCACAAGACAUUCAGACCGCUAUUGUACACGCACGCGCGGCCGUCGAGGGCGACCAUUCCGAAGUUCGGCACUGGCAUCUACUCGGCCUCCUACUCACCGCGUCUGGAGACUGGAGAGCAGCGAAGGAAGUACUCGAGAUCGGUGCUAGCGUAAGCGAGUCAGAGCUCAUGGGUGACGAACCAGAGCAACAGCCGAAUGGUGCUACAACCAACGGGGACGUCCCGGAUGGCGUACGCGUGCAUGAUUAUGGAUCAGUAACGGGAGAAGUCAACGGCGAUUCACCAAACGGUGUCUCGGAUUCAGAGCCGAACGGGGUUCUUCCACAAUCUGCGCGGAUACUGCACCAGGACGCUACGGAGCUGCCACCUUCCUGGGUCCUACUGCAACCUCUAGGCGACCGCCCGCCUCCGAACCGACAAGAAGCGUUCGAGCACGCGCUCCAGUUGCGGAUGACACAGUUGACGUUGACGGAAUUCGUCGAGGGGCCAGAGGGCACGGGUGACAAGUGGGUAGAGGUCUUCCAGUGGUUCUCAGAAAGGCGAGAAGUGGGCGUGGAAGACAGUGAGUCGUCACCGGCCGCACUCUCUCCGUCGCAGCACGCCGACGAUACCGCAGGGCGGAUGUCCAUCGAUAGCCGUCGGGCGUCGCAAGAAAUCAAGCCUGCCUCCAUGAUUUCGUCACUGGAGAAGCCCGCCCACAACCCCGCCGUCCGCUCCUCCGGCCUUUUCCCUCCUGUCGAGGAGCAGCCAGAACCCGGUCCGACGCCUUCCCUCGAUGUCUCCAUACCCAUCACGGUCACCCCGGCCUCACCUAUGGCACACAGUCCUGCCUUCUCGCAAGACCAGCUCAGCCGACCGAGCUUGAACGGCACUGUGAAGGAGGAACCACAAGGCGAGAAGCGCCUUUCCGUCGAAGACGGACAUCGCGGCAAGGGCAAGAAGGUCCGCGAGGUGUUUAUCAGCGGUGUGCACAAGAGCCGUGCGCGCGUCACGACGAUCUCGAAGAAGAUCGGGCACAACGUCGGGCGGCACAACCACCAAGCCGGCGGGCGUAUGAAGCGGUCGACGUCUGCCCCAGACUUCCGCGCACUGCUCGGCCAGACACCAUACCAGGCCUCCUCAAUCCACUUACGACAGCACCUCAGUAUCUACACGUCACAACAAGACUUGUCGCUUUUGGAAGCCCCGCCACCGCCACCUCCGCCUCCACAACCUUCGAGUGCACCUACCCUCUCGCGAAACAACGCACGGCUAGCGAAAGACCGGCGAUUGCUCAGCAAUCUGUGGCUCAUGUCAUCAGCGACCUUCCGCAGACUGGGCAAGAUCGAGCAGGCGAGGGGGGCCAUCCAGGAGGCGGAGGUCCGCGACGAGUGCAACCCCGCUGUCUGGGUGCAGCUCGGGCUGUACUACCUCGCGCUGGACGAAGACCGCAAAGCGCUCGAGGCCUUCCAGAAGGCGCUCUUCAUCGCGCCGAGCGACGUGUCCGCGACGAUCCACCUCUGCCGCGUGUACCUCGGCGCGCUCCAGGACGGCGCCGGCAAGCCGAAGCCAAAGGCGAGCAUCGCGCCCGCAGACAAGGACAACGUCGACCUCGCCGUCGGCCUGCUCUCCGCGCUCACGAAGGGCGAGGGCUGGGACGUGCCCGAGGCGUGGUACUUCCUCGCGAAGAUGUACGCGUUGCAGGGUCGGCAGGACCGCGAGCGCGAAUGCUUGUGCUUCGCGCUUACGUUGUCGGAGAACAGGCCGCUGCGGGAUGCGGGCGUGGCGGUGGGAUGGUGUCUGUGAGGACGGGCGUUAUGUGCGUGGGUUGGACACGGGUGCUUGGUAGUUGGAUACCCUGGGUAUAGGAUCGGGGGUGAUGUGUGGCGGCGCUGGUAGGGAAUAGGUUGCGGACGUGCGGUUACCCCACUUGCUGUUAAUCCCGUAUUGAACUAUGGUUUCUAAUGAACAAUCGAGCGAG